CAUCGUCUCCAUUUCCCCAAGCAUAUCAGCAGAGCUCCCCCCCUGUCUACUCCCUCUUCCAACGCCAUUGUACUUCCCUCCUUCUCUCUCCUCUGCUCUGCUCUCUCUCUCUCUUGCUCUGACCAGCCUUGUUCCCUUGUCCUCCUUGUCCUCUUCUUCUUCUUCAUCUCUCUCUCUCUCUCUCUCUCUCUCUCUCUCUCUCUGUGUUUCGCAUCAAGAACUGCAGCGUUGCAGAAGCAGCGAGACUCCAAGAAACACCCACCAAGAAAGAAACUUGCAGGCGACCCACAUGCGCGUUUGAAGCGGGGCGGCCGAUGGAGCAUCUCAAGGCGGUCGCCGCCGCCGCCGCAGCAGCAGAGGCGGACGUGGGCGCCGACGGCAUGCACUGCAGCUUCCACCCUUUCAACGCCGCGGGCGGCGGCGGCGGCGGAAUCUGCGCCUUCUGCCUCCAGGAGAAGCUCGGCAAGCUGGUGUCCUCUUCACUCGCCUUCCCGAGCCACCGCAACUCCUCGUCCCCGUCGCGUUCCCCUUCGUUCAGAUCCGACGACGUCGUCCCUCCGUCGCUGUCGUUCGCGUCUUCCUCGAUGCCCCACCAGGCCCACAAUGCGCACCCCGCCAGGUACUCGAAGGUCACCUCCUUUCUGGCCAAGAAGAAGAAGAAGGUGACGGUGGAGGAGGAGGCGGCGGCGUCGCCGGGCAUGGUGUUCCAGAGGAGCAGGUCCAUCGCCUUCUCUGCUGCUACUCCUCAAAGUUGCCAUUUUUAUGACGUUGGUGGGCAUGUUUAUAGCCCCAGGAAGAGGGGUGGGUUCUGGUCUUUCAUGUCUCUCUCCUCCUCCUCAAGGCCGCACAAUGCAAGAGACAGAGACUCGAGGCAUUCUCUGUCCAGGAUAGGACAAGCUGUGGUGAAAGAAGAUAAUGUUGCUGUCGCUGCUAAUAAUGGCGUCUCUGCUUCGUCUUUUGAGAACAACAACAAGGUCUCGAGAUCCAGAUCUGUGGGGUGUGGGAGCAGGAGCUUCUCAGGGGACUUCUUUGAGAGGAUCUCCACUGGGUUCAUUGGGGACUGCACAACUCUGAGGAGGGUGGAGUCUCACAGAGAAGGUAAGCCACCCAGAGCCUCCACCUCCGCCACCUCAGAGGCUCAUCAUCAUCAUCCUCAUCAGUGCUUGAAGGAGAGGGUCAGGUGUGGUGGGAUUUUUGGUGGGUUUGCGAUGGCCAACGCCACCAACUCAUCCUCCUCCAUCUCAUCAUCCUCAGCAUCUUCCUCAUCCUACUGGGUCUCAUCAUCCUCCAAUUCAGCUGAAGACAAUGUCAAUCACGGUGGUGUGUCAUCAAAGCCCGCUGUUUAUUCUCAUCAUCAUGGCAGGAGCAAGAGUUGGGGCUGGGCUCUUGCAAGCCCCAUGAGAGCUUUUAGCAGGCCUUCUUCAGGGAAGAGAAACGCUAGUGCUGCCAUCAAACCAACUUCAGGCAUGAACGGAGCUUCCUUACUGGCUGUCGGAGGCUGAGAGACAGGAGGCGCUUGUUAGUCCGAGUCUGGUCCUAUACAUAAAUCAGUCAUUUACAAUGCUUGUUGAUAAGUCUCUGUUUCAUUAGUUUCAGCUUGCAUCACAAUGUAGCACCUAAUUCCCACUUUCUCUCCGAGCUCAUUUAUGUUUCUUGUUCAGUGAAAUGCUUAUAUGUGUUGGUUUUGAGAUUGACCCA